AUGUCUAAUGUCACUGCAGUGACCAGGUUCAUCCUUGUUGGGUUCUCUGAUGUCCAGGAGCUUCAGACUUUGUGUGGAGUGCUCUUCCUGGUGAUGUAUCUGGCGGCCCUAAUGAGUAAUCUCCUCAUCAUCACUCUCAUCACCCUGGACCUGCAGCUCCAAACACCCAUGUACUUCUUCCUGAAGAAUUUGUCCCUGUUGGAUGCCUUCUUUGUAUCAGUUCCAAUCCCCAAUUUCAUUGUUAAUAGCCUAACUCAUAACAAUUCCAUUUCCAUCCUAGGCUGUGCCCUCCAGAUACUAUUAAUGUCUUCCUUCUCAUCAGGAGAGGUAUUUAUCCUGACUGCCAUGUCCUAUGACCGCUAUGUAGCCAUCUGCUGUCCCCUGCACUAUGAGGCCAUCAUGAGUGGAGGUGCCUGUGUGUUGAUGGUGGGCUUUUCCUGGGCCACUGGGUUAUUCGUUGGAGCUAUAUACACAGCUAGUACAUUUUCCAUGCCUCUCCGUGGCUCCAAUGUGAUUCCGCAGUUUUUCUGUGACAUUCCUUCAAUACUGAGGAUUUCCUGCUCUGGUACACUGGUGGUCAUUUAUACAAGCUUUGGAAUUGGUAUGUGUCUAGGCAUGUCGUGUGUCAUUUGUGUUGUGAUCUCUUACUUUUAUAUUUUCUCCACUGUGCUGAAGAUUCCUAACACUAAAGGUCAGUCCAAAGCCUUUGCCACCUGCCUGCCCCACCUCAUUGUUUUCACUAUUUUUGUUGUAACUGCUUGUUUUGUUUAUCUGAAGACAUCAUUUAAUUCUCCAAUAACCGACAGGCUGUUGGCUUUGAUAUACACUGUGCUGCCUCCAGCCCUUAAUCCUGUGAUCUACAGCUUCAAGAAUGCUGAUGUCAAAUGUGCUCUGAGGAGAUUGCUACAGAAUGUCUUUUCAAGGGGCCAAGCAGACAGCAGCAGUACUACUAAAUGGUGGUUACAGCCACCAAAGAUGCCAAUUAAAGAUGAUGGUGGUCAUGUGGGCAGCCGAGAUGACGCUGAAUGA